AUGUCCUCCGCUGGAAGUACAGAGGAUGUUUUGCAGCAGGUCAACCAGUUGUGGUCCAUGCUGGAUGAUCUCUCUGAGAAUGACCCUGCAGGCUACCGCAGGUUCAUAGAGAAACAGAUGAAGGAAGGAGAUGAGUUCAGGUCGCCCCCUGAGCUCCACUCGACUCUGUGCACCGAAAUACUGGAACCAAAGAAAGGCUUGCUGUAUGUCAACAUAUGCAGCUGGAAGCGUGUGCCUGCACCUCAGGAUCCCAGCAGGCCUUUACCCGUGUAUGCAGGGAAACUGGAAACAGGCACAAAUGAAGGCUGGUUUGCUGUGUUGGAUGUGGCUUUAAAUCCGGCAGUGCUGCAGGAAAGCGAGAAAGAGCAAACUCACAUUAACCAGGUUUAUAUGCUGGCCCUGAGCUUUGCCCAGCAGCAGCAGCAUGAGAUGAGGUUAUCUCAGCGGUACAGUGUCAUCAACUGCAGCCCAAAAAGUAGUCCAGAUGAGCUGCACCGCCGGCUUGGGUUUCAGAAGUGGCCCAAUUCCUCCAAACAACCAGACACAGCCGGUCAGACACCGGCUGCCCUCCUAAAGCAGAUCUCCUCCCUGCGAGCGGAGAAACAAGAAGAGGACCCGGCAGCCCAAAUUAUCUGUACACCUGCAGAGCACAUAAAGAAGGAUUUGAUCCAGGUCAUCUCUACCACUUUUGUGGAGCCUCAGAAGCCAGAGUACCAACUUGAGGUGAAGACGGAUACAGCAGGAGCUCCUCGCAGCAUGGAGCUGACAGUGGAGCUGCCAAAGGUUUGCUCCAUGUCAGAGUGCCAGCUGAGAAUGUCUAAGGAUGACGUCUUACUGGAAGUAGAGGAUGUUUACUAUUUGCUUGUGGAGUUUCCAAAAACCGUAAAUGAAGACACUGCAUCUGCCAUCUUUAAUAAGAAGAAACGAAGGCUUACUUUGAAAGUGGAUGUUUUGUGAUCAUUUGCCUAAAUGGAGAAACAAGCGUACAUAGAGGCGAGGAGUAAAUUCUGACAUCGAAAAUACCUCAAAGUAAACAAUAAACGCAAACAAAACGUCUUUUCAUGUGAUGGAAAAAGCAUCGAGAUCAUAUUAUACUAUGCAGGGACCCAUCCGCUGCCUCAAAACUCAAGCCUACAAACAGCGAACAGCUGUCUGUAAAUUGAUCCAUUUCCAACAG